UUUUUAAAUUAGAAAUAAUAAAAAAAAAUAAUAUUUUUGACAUUCUUGAUUGGUGAAGAAGAGAGGAUUAGAAGAAGAAAAUGGCAUCUUCUCAAGUAGAAAUUGCCUCCUCUUCUCCAUUGGGUUAUGUCCUUAAUAGAUGUAUUGCUAGAGAUUCAAAUUCUUUUCAAGAAAAUUUCAAGAAUUUGGUCCAAAACCAUGCAGAUUUAUGGGUACACAAAACAAAAUGUGACAAGAAUGAGAAUAAUAGUCCAAAGAAGAGAAGUAAAGCUGCUGAAAAAUGGGAUAAAGCUAGAAAUAUGGUAUUUUCAAUGGACAAAGAGAAGAAUAAAGAAAGUUGUGUUGAUGUUCCAAAUCUUGGUGGUGUUUCUUCCCUUGUGAGAAAAUGGAAAAUUUUUGAAGCUGAGUCAAAAACCAUGAAUUUGGCCAACAAUUCUGAGAAUUCUUUAUAUGUAGAAUCCCCACAUAAAAGAUUUGAUGAAUGUGAUGAAUCUUGCAUUGUGAAAAGUGAUUCAUUUGGUGGCUGGGAAUCCGAUAAAACGGAUAACAUUGAUUUAAAUUCUGUUCAGGGUACUAAAGAUUCUGAUAUUACAGAAAGUGAGAGGCUGAGAGUUUCAGAUAUUAUCAAGAAAUUGACAUAUAGUAAUGGCGAUGAAGGUCAGCCACGCGACUAUAAUGGUAAUGUUGUUGUAAAUGGUGGAUCGUUGCCUCGAGUUAGGACAACAUUGGAUGGUUCAGAACAACAACAAAGAUGUUAUUUUUCACCUGUUGUGAAUUCACCUCGUUUCAUCAGAGGGAGACAGGCGUUUAGUGAUUUGCUCUUGCAAAUGGAGCGCGAUAGACAUAGGGAGAUUCAAAGUCUUGUGGAACGUAAAGCAGUUUCCAAGUUCCAACAAAGAGGCCGCAUUCAGGCUUUGCUUCGAGUUAGACUAAUACGACGUGGUGCAGAAGUCAGAGAUGGCCGAUCAAUGAAUUGCUCAGCGUCUGAAUCAAAUAGAUUGACACAUUCUGCAAUUAUGCAUCUCAGGGAAAAGUUCAAUACAGUAGGACAACAUCGUCUUGCUGACUCAAGAAACAACUCAAGGGAAGUGGUAGAAAGUGCUCGUGAAGUUGGAAGCCUCCCGUCUACACCAAAACAUCGAAGGGAACUGGCUCGUAGCAACUCUGCAAAAGCAGGAACUGGAUUUUCAACACAUCAACAUAGAGAAGAGGAUCCGCCUAAGGAACUGGUCAAGGAGAGUUCAGGACUGCAGCCCGGUGUAGCUAACUCAAGAAGUGUCCCUAUAACAUUAGGAGAUACAACUAAAGAGGUGGUAGAUAACAUCCUAAAAGUUGGAAAUUUUUGUACAUCCAAUCAACCACGCGAAGAGAACCAUCACAAGGAAUUAUCCAAGCAAACAAGCCCCAAAAAGAUGGCAGUAUUUUCUUGUAGAUCGAAUCAACAUGAUAUGGACCUUAACAGUCGAGAAGUUAGCAUCAGCUUACCGAGCUAUACUUCACAAGCACAAAGCACAGACAAUUUCCAUGAACUGCAAAUAAAGCAGAAUCUAGGAACUAGUAAUGAGUGGUCUAGUGAUGGCGCUAAUCCUCAGAGCGAUUGGGAAGAGGAAACCGCGAGCCAACACCUAGUUGAAUGUGAUAGUGGUUGGGUAAGUGAUUAUUCCCACACAGCUAGUGGAUGGGAUGAAAUACAGUCUGCUUACCAGCAACAAGUAGAAGGUAAUGAAGACUGGAUAAGCAAUGUCUCUCGUCCACGUAAAGAAUGGGAAGGCCUCAGGCACGAAAGAUACCAAGAGAUGCUUGAUCGAUUCUUAGACAACCAUGAUAUACAACAACUUCUUCAAAGAAAAAGUGUUUCAAAUUUUCUUACCAGUGAUUUGAGGGAGAAAAUUGAUCGAAUAAUGGCGUCUCGCUCACAACAACUACCAAAUGCCAUGAGAAUCAGCCAUGUUGAGGAAGAAGAAGUACCAACACAAGUAGAUGAAGAAGAGAAAGAGGAAGACGACAUGGUAUUACGACAUAAUGCAAGAGAAGAGGAUGUUGAGGUAGAAGAAGAACAAGACUCGGGUUAUGACGAUGAAGAUGAAGUAUUAAUUGAUGACAACACAUCAUCAUGAAGCCUAAAUCAAGUCCAGGAAGUAACUGAUGACUCUUAUCACUUCCCAUCUCCUUCACUACAAUCUCAAUCAUCUAGUAUUUGCUCGCAACACAUUAAACCGUGCUCUUCUUCUUCAAGAAAUUCUUCAACUGAAAUGGAACUCAUAUAUGAAUUGAGAGGACAUAUGGAGAAACUCCAUCAAGAGAUAUUUGAAAUACGGAGAUCUAUGAAGAGUUGCAUGAACAUGCAAAUGAAAUUACAACGUUCGAUUAAGCAGGAUGUUGCUGCUGCAAUUAGCCAGUUAGGUCAAAAGAGCAGGAGGAAUUCAGAUAAUAAGGGUUCAAAUAGAGGAAAUUGUUGUCUUUGCUGUGAGGAGCCUAUUGAUUCUCUUCUUUACAGAUGUGGGCAUAUGUGCACCUGUUUCAAGUGUGCUCAUGAUUUGCUUAGGGGUACAGGAAAAUGUCCAAUAUGCCGAGAUCCAAUAAUGGAUGUUGUGCGUGCAUAUGCUCAUUCAUGACUUACGAGUGAAGACAACAACAUUAACCUGCCUCAAUCCUAAGUAAGUUGGAGUCAGCUACAUGAAUCACCACUAUUCAUGUCGCUCCAUUCAAGGUCAUCCCAGCCCAACACAUACAUUAUGUAACACGUGACUAGAUGAGCACGUCCAAUGUAUUAUGUUGAGGAACAAUCAUAUAUUGACUAGUUUAUGAUGAUUGUCAACCUACUGCACCCUUUCAUUUGUCCAGAUGCGGGACGGGCAAUAUGAGCAAGCUCAAGACGGAGUGUUCUAGGCUGCUCGACACUUUUUUUGUGGAAGGAUGAGAAAAAGGGUGAUUUUAUUUUACUUUCUUUUAUUUUUUCUUCUUAGGUAGGGCUCUUUUCUGGCUAAUUUACUAUAACCAGAUUUAGAUUGAUUGAUGAGUCAGUCUACACCGGUUCCAUUAAUCAUCCUUUGUAUAGGACAGGAAAAAGGAAAUGAAGUUCCUUAUGUGAUAAUAGAGAUGUGUCUUUCAUGUUUCUUUA